AUGACGACCGAUUCUGGCGCCCUCGCCACCAGAGCCGCAACUCCCGCAGCGGCCUCAGCCUCAGCAGCAGUAGCAGUAGUAUCAGCAGCAGCAGCUUCAGCAGACUCGGCGCAGGCUGAGCAGCCAGCUGUGGCGGAAGCUCCAGCAGCCGUCAACGAGACAGCGGCGACGGGCGAACACGGACAGGAUGCGACAGUCGUCGGAAGCAGACCGGGUCGGUCUGCCCUCGCCGACGACAGCGCCGUCCUCAUCACGCCCGCGGGCGACAUCUGGCCACGGCCCUACGUCUUCGAGGACGACCUGCGCCGCGUCAAGCCCUACCACUUUACGUACAACACGUACUGCAAGGAGCGAUGGCGCGGCCGUUCGCUAAUCGACAUCUUCGAGUCCGAAUUCCGAGAUCGGCCGGUCGAGUACUACCGCAACUCCAUGGUCAGGGGCGACAUCUACGUCAACGGCCGAGUCGUCGGCCCAGACUACAUUGUGCGCAACGGCGACAUGAUCUCGCACACGCUGCACCGGCACGAGCCCCCCGUGACGGCGGAGCCUAUAGGAAUCAUCCACGAGGAUGCCGACAUCAUUGUCAUCAACAAGCCCUCGGGCGUGCCAGUGCACCCUGCCGGCCGCUACAACUUCAACUCGGUCAUCGAAAUCAUGGUGGCCGAGAGGGGCAGAGACUUCCUGCCACACCCGUGCAACCGAUUGGAUCGCCUCACUAGCGGCAUCAUGUUCAUUGCCAAGAGCGUCAAGUCUGCCGAAGCAAUGGCCAUCAAGAUCAGGGGGCGUACCGUCAGAAAAGAGUAUCUUGCGCGAGUCGUUGGCCACUUCCCCGAUGGCGAGGUCGUUUGUGACCAGCCCAUCCUCCAGAUAUCCCCGAAACUAGGCCUUAACCGUGUGCGUGCCAAUGGUAAGUCCGCCAGAACGGUCUUCAAGCGCCUUGCAUACUACCCACCGCGAGAUGGGGAUGCAGAGGAGCCGGCUGUCUUAGCGGAAGACGGAAAGCCAGUUGCACCUGCGGAUAAGGAGAUACUUGAUGAUGAGAGGAGUAAGCCCUGGCUCCAGAAAAAGGGGUACUCCAUCGUACGUUGUCUGCCAGUGACAGGCAGAACACACCAGCUGCGAGUACACCUGCAGUACCUAGGCCACCCAAUCCAAAACGACCCAAUCUACGCCAACCAGCGUGUAUGGGGGUUCAAUCUUGGGCAGGCAGACGCCGACGGCUCGCAGAAUACAGACGAGGACGUCAUCACUCGCCUCAAUCGCAUGGGAAAGGAAGAGGUGGCCGAAGCCGUCGUCUACUACGACGAAAUGGUGGACAGAUAUGAGAAGCAGCGGGCAGAGAAGAUGACGGGCGAGCUGUGCGAUAUAUGUGCCACGCCGCUCUACUCAGACCCCGGCAGCCACGAGCUCUCCCUCUGGCUUCACAGUCUCCGCUACGAAGAUGCCGACGGCAGUUGGGCAUACACAAGCCCGCUGCCCAAAUGGGCUCUUCCGCCAAAGGGCAUGAGCGGACCGACUACCAGCGAAUGGACACAGGCACCCUGUUCCAAAUGUUAG